AAUGUUUAAUGUAUUUACAUUUUAUAGGAUCAAAUUGAUCAUCUUCUGAAUGUACAAAAGUUUGUAGAACUGGCUGUGGUUGCUGAUAUAUCAAUGUAUCAUAAAUAUGGCAAUAAUACCGAAUCUGUGAAAGACAGAGUAUUUUCAAUAGUUAAUGUCAUGAAUUUGGAUUACAAGAUGUUAAACAUUUCUGUGGUUCUUGUUGGGCUUGAGAUCUGGAAUACCAAGGAUCAGAUUGAAGUAAGCACUAUAAUUGGAGAUACUUUGUCAACGUUUUCUACAUGGAGAAAGGAAAAGUUAUUGCGUAGAGGAGCACAUGACAAUGCUCAACUUAUCACGAAUACAGACUUUGAGGGUCCUGAAGUUGGACUGGGAUAUGUCGGAGCUAUGUGCAGUGAAAAAUCUUUAGGAGUCAACCAGUUACUGGGAUUUGUUCCAAAAUAUCUUCUUCUGAACAUGUGCUUGGUGUUUAUUGACUUUUGCUAUAACUAUCUCCAAUCUUUGUCUUCUGGCUUCCUGUGUCUAGUCCUCUCUGACAUUCCCUUCUCUCCUCAGGAUCACAGCAGUUCACCAGUUUCUGUUGCAUCCACUUUGGUCCAUCAGAUGGGCCACAACCUGGGAAUGAAUCAUGAUGAGGAGAACUGCUCAUGUUCCACAGGGUCUUGCUUCAUGUCACCAGUUCUCAGGUAUGAUCAGAAAUCGGGUGGCAUUGCCAAGGGCAUUGACCUGAGUGGCAAUAAUGUCCAGGAUCUCUUGCUUCCUGGCACGGGUGGUAUCCCUACUCUCCGCACCAUGGAGACCAACUGUAAUGACAAUUGGGCUCAGGAUUUCAGGUUCUUCUCGGAGCUACGGUGCUUGAAGUCUGGAGUAGGCGCUCUGACCUCCAUUCGAUUUCAAACACCAAUGGUGAGACCUCCACUUCUUGGUCUCCUGUAUCUAGAUAUAACUUGUAUGAAUUUGGAAGAUACCGUUGGCAUGCUGUAUGAGGUGUUGAAUCUCAGGAAGGAGAAUAGGAAGUUCUCGGAUCUGAGACUGUACCCGUGGGCAUCAUUGCCUGCAAACUACAGGGCAAUUAUCGAUAUCACCACCGAAUGGCUGCGAAUCCGGAUAGGGAUCCUGGAGACUCUUAGCUUUACUCUCACCCUUUAUAGCAAGCUGCUCCCUACUAAGUUUACUCAAUGCAGCAUGAACCAGUUUAUGACUUAUCUCCUGAAGCUGUCAUUUGAGUGUCUGAUGAAUAAACCCAAAAUAGGAAGAUUUAUAUCCCCACCAUUCUGUGGAAACAACUUAAUCGAGAAUGGAGAGCAGUGUGACUGUGGAGCUGAAAAGGAAUGCACCAAUCCUUGCUGUGAUGCCUCCACAUGUAAAUUGAAAGCAGGAGCUGUAUGUGCAGAUGGGGAAUGCUGCGAGAAAUGUCAGUUUAAGAAAGCGGGAAGCAAGUGCCAACAUAGCUUUCAUGAGUGUCACCGUCCAGACACAUGUGAUGGGAAAUCCAAUCGUUGCCUCGAUUUGUUCAAAAAAGAUGGCACCUCUUGUAUGGAUGGCCAAGGGUAUUGUCUACGUGGAAAGUGUCCAACAAUGGAAAACCAGUGCAUUAACCUGUGGGGUCCAGAUGUUCUUGUAGGUGCUGAUUACUGCUUUGACUAUAACUUAAGAGGCACAAACUAUGGAUACUGUACUAAGUCAGGGGACAUAUAUCUAAAAUGUUCUACUCCGGAUAUAAAAUGUGGUGUUCUAUACUGCUCUGGUGGAAACGAAGAUCCUAGUGUCAGUGCCGCCGUAGCUACAAUUGAUUCUUGCAAGGCUGCCCUGCACCCAUUUGGAAUGGUACAGAAUGGAACAAGGUGUGGAGAGGAGAAGGUCUGCUACAAGGGAGCGUGCACAAGCAAAGAAGCUGUAUAUGAGUCCCUGGCCUGUAAUGCUGAGUGCCCUGGUCAAGUGACGUGUAACCAGGCGGGAGAGUGUUAUUGUAAAGAUGAGCAACCCAAUCCCAAAUGUGCCAUCUCUGGUGUCUAGAAAAGUAAAAAAAAAGUGAUGCCCAAUGAACUGGCGACAACUCCAUGGAGCUUUACAGAUGUGCUGGAAACUAGAAGAAAAUAAUGAAAAUCUCAUGAAACAAACACAGAAUAUUUCCUUUUCCCUUGCAUCCCCCCACUUCUCUCUAUACUAGCUUAUUUGAUGUAUUUUCUAUCUCCUGAUGACUAUUAUACUAUAAGCAGUCUUUUCUUUAUACAUCGGCGGUAAACACUGAAUACUGUUAAAUUGUACUGCAUAGAAAUAAUCAGUUGGCAUCUACAGACUGAAUGUAUUAGAGGUAUGAGAAAUUCUGACUGCACCCCUCACUUCCUCUAUAUGUAUCUGAUUGUUACUAUUUGCCUGUACUCUUCCUUCAAUCAUCAGCUGUAUUCUACCGUAUGUUGUGCAUUACUAUGCUUAUUACCUUCAAUAAAAAUGAUUGCAACACAAAA